AUGAGUGUUAUUCGCCAAGAAGUUGAUAGACAAAAUGAGCUAUUGAAAGAAGCAUCCACUCAUAUUGAAGUUCUAAAAGCUAAUUAUGAUAUUGCUAUGAAAUGUAUGGCUGAGUUGAGAAAAAGAGUUGAGCAAUUGGAAAUGAUGAAAAUGGAUAAUGGUUAUUUUGAGGUCACGUUUUUUUCUUCAAAAUUUUGUCUUUGUUAAAAAAAAUAACGAUUUGGUUCGGGAUUAAAUCGUUAGAUUCAGACAAUAUGACAUCAAUUUAUUAUCACUAUGAGCAUGAAAUGAGCCUGUUUUGGCCUUUCCUUUUUCCGAACUUCUUUAUCCUUUAAAAUUUAAGGAUGAAAAAAGGACGCUAAAAGCAUGAACGUCAGAUUUACAAAUUUUUGACCAAAAAAAAGUUGAUCAAAAAAAUAACAUUUUCUACCUUUUUAAUAAAAUCCCUCACUAAUUUUUUUUCUGACAAUGAAUUUCUUUCUGAAAAAAGGUAGACUAUUUUUCUAAUGGGGCUAUUCAGCGAUUUUCUCAACACGCUUAGAAAAAGGGGAAAAAUGCUGAGAAAAUCAUUUUCUCAACCGUUUUCCUAUUUUCUCAACCUUCCUGAAUAAGUUUUCUCAACCAAUUCAGCGUUGAGAAAAGACGUUGAAUAGCCCCAUAACGUCAAAAUUUUUUUUCGAGCAUUUCUAAGCAAAUUGAUGGUCAUUUCUUGUGUCAGAAAUGGUCAAGUGGUUAAAUCAUGUGUUUUUUGUUCAGAAGGUCCAGGAUCGGAUCCUUUUGGACGUUCGCGAAGGUAUGAUUUUCGGAAAAAAUGGGAAAUGUCCAAAAUUGCGAUAUGGGCCAAACCCGGGCUCAACCCAAACCCAACCCAAAACCAUGGUUCACCGGUUAACUGAACCAACCAUGGUUUACCCGGAAUGUUAGUUACAAAUAAAAUUUUAUUUAAAAAUUACUGUAGAUAAUCGAUAUUGAUUGGUGAUAAUUUUACUAUUGGCCCCAGGGAAAUAUUGUUAAUUAUUUUUUUGUUUUGUUUUUUGAAAUACUCUUUAUACAUUCUUUAUUGUGGCGCAGCCAAUAGCAAAGGGUGUAAUAUAAGUAAGCCUCUCUGUGACCACGCGCAUUUGGUGGGUUGCAAGGUUGGUUCGGUUAACCGGUGAACCAUGGUUUUGGGUUGGGUUUGGGUUGAGCCCGGGGUUGGCCCAUGAAGUUGGGUUGGGUUGGGUUAGGGUUCGGGUUGGGUUAGGGUUCGGGUUGGGUUAGGGUUCGGGUUGGGUUAGGGUUCGGGUUGAGUUAGGGUUCGGGUUGGGUUAGGGUUCGGGUUGGGUUAGGGUUCGGGUUGGGUUAGGGUUCGGGUUGGGUUAGGGUUCGGGUUGGGUUAGGGUUCGGGUUGGGUUAGGGUUCGGGUUGGGUUAGGGUUCGGGUUGGGUUAGGGUUCGGGUUGGGUUAGGAUUCGGGUUGGGUUAGGGUUCGGGUUGGGCUUUAAAGGGGGGGGGGGGGUAAGACGACAAAAUUUUAUUUGCUCAAUGAAUCGGGCUCCCUUUGAAUAGUAAAAGCCCCAGGGGAUUUUUUCGCGAAGGGCCUAAAAAGGUCGAAAAAAAUAUUCCAUGAACUUUUUUCAACGUACGUUGUCCGAAAGUUUAUGGAAUAAUUUCAACGUAUAGCGUGGUACCUAGUUUAUGGAACAUUUUUUGACAUUUUUACCUGGGAAAUUCGGAAUUUUUCGGAAUGAAAUAAAACUUUAAAAAUUUGUCUUCAAAAGUUACAUUUUUCGAGAAUCACAAGAGAAAAAGAGAUUUUUUGAAAAUGACAGGUAAAAUUCAUCUAUUUUUCCAUUUUUUUUUUGUUGAAUUUUUCACUAAUUUCAGCUCAAACAUUCCGAAAAAUUCCGAAAUUCGGUAGAAAAAUUCCGAAAUUCGGAAGAGAAACACAUUCCGAAAUUCCAAAAAGUUUCGGAAGUAACAUCGGAAUGAUUCCGAUUCCGAAAAAAUAGAUUCCGAUUCCGAGACACGUUUGUCUCAUUCCGAAAAACCUGUCGGUUUCGGAAUUUCGGAAUUCCGAUUCCGAUCAGGCCUGUCUGGGAUCUUCUGAACAAAACUAGAGCGCGCCUAACCGACUGAGCUACCACACAUUUUGUUGAAGUAGGUGCGACUGCCAAGAUAUAUUUCAUGUUUUCUGCACUGUAGAAAACAGAUGAUGGCUUUGAGUUUGAUAAUAAAUGUCUUCAAAAUAUAGUUUGUUUCCGUUUUCUGCAAUUUUUCUGAGAAAAAAAGACAAUAAUUGAACGAUUUUUUCAAAUGUUUAAGUUUUAUUAGUGGUAAUUGAAAUAAAUAAAUAAUAACUUUUGAUUAAAAUCCAUUUGAGAUUGGAACUUGAAGUUGAAAUGGGCCGUAGUCGUUUGAAUCUGUAAAAAUUAAUUUGUUCUAGAGCUAAUGAAAAAAAUCCCCUCACUUAGCAAAAAAAUUUUGGCGUCGUGGAUUUCAUCAAAAUUUUGAAAAAAUAUUGGCGCCGUGCAUUUGUUAACCCCUGGGCGUGCUAUGGCUACAAUAAUAUUCGGAAUUCUAAAGUCCUAAAAAUUUCAGAGCUACAGUAAUCCUUAAAGUUUGAAAUUUGAAAAUUAAAAUACAUUUUCAAGAAAAACCAAGAACUUUUAUUUCUAAAAAAUCUACGUAGAAAAAUUUUUUCUGCACAAAUUUCCACGAAAUUUCAGAAUAAUUUCCCCAAUCCCUUUUUCCAAGCCCAUUUUUCAAUUCUCAAUUUUCCGCAUCGUCAUCGUGUGCCUGAUCGUCUCAGUUUUCGGUCCGGGACCAUUCAAAGGUGUCCUGUUCGGUCAAACAAUUCUACUGAUUGUCGCCAGCGUCGCCAUGCUUCUCACCUUCAUUUUCCUCAUCGCCUACUUUUUCACACUUCACGGAUCGAAAAUAGGAUUGUUAUGAUGUAUAACCAAUUGGGCAACCAUCAAACCGAAAGUUUCGCACCAGCAAUCUCGAAAAAACUGCCAGCAAAUCAAUCAUAAUCUCGGAACCGAAUUGAUGUUAAAAUUUUCUAUUUUCUUGUUGACUUGUUGAUUGAUGAUUGAAAAUAGGAUGCUCUUGAGGACGAAUUCAAUUGGAUGUCUCGAAAAAUUUGAUGAAAAUCGCCGAUUUUGCUUUUUGAGUGUUAGCAAUUUCCGAAAACCUUUGAUGACGAUCACCAAUUUUGCUCUUCGCUUUCGAAAAUCACGGAGAACAUUGAGAAUAAUUGAAAUACCUUUUAAUUAUAGAUGUUUUAUAGCAUUGUAUCUUGUUUAUUUUCUUCAUUAUGUAUUUUCUGGCAUCUUGAGCUAAAUUUGUUGUUGUACGCUGUAAAACAGUGUUUUUCGAAUGAAAUGUUUUGUCUUCUUCUAAAAAAUUUCAGAUUCAUCUCUUUAAAAUCAAUGCCGGUAGGUUUUUAUUCUGGAAAACCCGCUUCAAACUGAAAAAAAUAGGUUUGAAACAAAAAAACGUUUUGUGUUCGGUAGAGUAGGCGCACUUCAAUGUUCUCUGCGUCUCCUCGGGUGUUUCUCUCUCGCCUGUGUCACCGUGAAACGUUGUGAAAAUCAGCUCAUUUAUGAUUAUCCCAUAAAAAAAUGUCUAUUCCAGGAUCUUCUAUUCAAUGUGACUUGCUCAAUCCUCUUCUUCAUUCUUUCAUUCAUCGAAGCCUAUUAUUCCACGGGAUCUUGGUCGAAUAAUUGCAAUGAUAUGGGAUCCGAUGGUUUCAUUCACAAUGGUUGUCGAAUUGUUUAUGAGUGGGCGUUUGCAGCUGUAAGUUCUUAGUUUUUGCCCCAAAAUCCAGUCAAAAUUUUUGCAGUUCCUCACCUUCAUUCUCGCCAUUUUCUACGCUCUCUCCGCCUUCUUCUCAUACCGCAAUCGCCAUUCUCUUCAUAAUGUUCGAGAGGAGAUUUAUUGAAUCUAAAUCCGUCACCAACCAUCAUCUUGUCAUAAUAUAAUCAUCUACUUAUACUGCCUCUUCGAAGAAAACAUAAUGAAAAUAUUGACUUUUCAAGGAAAUAUCACUUUUUACAGGGAAAUUUUAGAAGUGUUGUAUAUCAUCAGAAUCGUCUCGACGAGAGGAGCAAAACUUUAUUCGUCAUUUUAGAAUCCGUUGCCUGUGAGAUGUGCAAAAUGCGAAAAACACAACGAAGCCGAUUAAAGGUGCAUGCGAUGGUCUCGCAGCGCAACACACAUUUCUCGAAGCUGGAAUAUUAUCAAGCUAUUUAUCGACGCGCUUUGACAUAUUUGGCACUUUCACGACCAUCUUCUGCAUUUUUCUGAUUUUCAAAAAGUUCUUGCUCUCAAACCCGAUUUUGUCGCAGCUGAACAACAAAAAGCUGAUAUUUUAUCGAAGCAGGGAAAACUAGAAGAAGCCGAAAAAAUCUAUGAGAAAUUGAGGAAUAGUGAAAAACUUGUUGAGAUUCGACGAAUUCAAAAUCAUCUCGAUGAAAUUGAACACGCUUUUGAGAAUGGAGAUUAUGAAGUUGCUGAAGAAAUGAUUGCUGGAAUUAUUGAAGAUCAAAAAUGGAAUGGGGAAUUAUUCAAGAAACGAGCAAAAUGCGCGGAAAUGGCUGGCGAUUUCAAAAAAGCUGUCAGAAAUCUCAAACAACUUAUAAAAUUGUCACCAGAUAGUACAGAUUUGAUGCAUGAAGUUUCGCAAAUUUCAUAUAAAAUUGGAGAUUUUGAUGAUUCUUUGAAAAUGAUUCGCGAAUGCUUGAAAUUGAAUGCCGAUCAUAAAGAAUGCUUUGCAUUUUAUAAAACUAUCAAAAAACUUGUGAAAGGAGUUGGUGAGUAUUUAUAUACUUAUUAUAAAAAUACGAAAAAUUCCUAAAGAAAAAUGAUUUUUGCAGACUCUGUAAAAUUGUCAAUCGAAUCGCAAAACUGGGAAGAAUGUUUAAAAACCGCUGAAAAAACUGUGAAAUCUUUCGAAAAUGCAAAAUCUGCAUUGCAAAUCCUUAGUCUGAAAUGUCAUCGAGAAUCUGGAAAUAAUCAACAAACAAUUAUCGACGCCACAGAACUUCUCAAUUCUGCUGAAAAUCCCUUCGAGACUGAAAUUCUUCAUCAUCGCGCAUUGGUUUUUCUAGAAGAAUCGGAAUUCGAUGAUGCAAUUCGAGAUUUGAAGAAGAUGCUAGAAAAUGAUGAGGAUAAUCGAGAAUUCAAAGAACUUUUGAGAAAAGCUGAAAAUGCCAAGGUUCAAGCUGGAAAACGAGAUUAUUAUAAGAUUUUGGGAGUGAAAAGAAAUGCGAAGAAAAAAGAAAUUGUGAAAGCGUAUAGACAAUUGGCACAAAAAUGGCAUCCGGAUAAUUUCAAAAGUGAAGAGGAGAAGAAAAAAGCGGAAAAGAAGUUUAUUGAUAUUGCGGCGGCGAAAGAAGUUUUGACUGAUAAAGGUGGGUUAGCUUGGGAGCUUGGAUAAACUUGAGAAAAACUUUUUUGCAGAGAAACGUGAGCAAUUCGACAACGGAAUCGAUCCAUUGGACCCUGGAGCAGCUCAAAAUCAACAAAAUCACGGGCAUCACGGCGGAUUUCCACAUGGUUUCAAUCCAUUUGGCGGAAACGGUGGAAAUUUCCAUUUUUUCUACAACUAG